AUGGUCCGGGGGAGAGAAGAUGUCGAUUUGUUUCCUUCUGACAUCUUUCCCAGCAUGAAAUGGCUGAGGUAUCUGAGAGAGCAGGGACGUGACUUUGAGCGUUUUCUGCUUCUGCCCCCAGGCUUUAGUCUUAAGAGCCCUCGACACCAUAAUUCUGUGGACCAACUUUCUCAGGGAGAGGUUGCUGUCUAUACUGCUGCUUUUAGAUUGGGUCUUAGAGUUCCUUUGCAUCCCUUUGUGAUGGACGUCCUGGAGGGGUAUGAUAUUGGCCUUGCUCAGCUGACACUUAACUCUUGGGCAAACAUUUUUGGAUUUAUUGCCAAGUCUUAUAAUUCAUCCGUUGACCGGUUUCCUACUGAAAAGAAGAAGAUUGUGGUGAGUGGGAAUCCGGUUAAGUUGUUAAUAAAGAAGUUUGUGUCAAAAGCCGUGGCAAGGACGUAUUUUUUCCCUAGGUUGGCUAAGGUAUCAGAAUCGGAGGCGGUGGUGCUGCUGGUGCUUGGGGGAUCCUUUGGGGCUAAUUCUAUGAACAUUGCUCUAUUCAAUAUUUAUUUUCAGAUGUUGGAGCAGCGGCCAAAUUUGCAUAUAAUUUGGGAGACUGGUGUUGAAUCAUUCAAUGAGAUGGAGAGCCUUGUUCGAAACCAUCCUCGAUUGGUAUUGGCACCGUUUUUGCGUUCUAUGGACAUGGGAUAUGGAGCUGCAGAUCUUAUUGUUUCGAGGGCUGGAUCGAUGACUUUUACUGAACUACUAGUUACAGGGAAACCUGCCAUCCUGGUCUAUACUACAGGAAUGCGCCUUAUGCUAGUGAGGAAAUUGAUGUGGUUCGUGAGCAAUGGGCUAAGUUUUUUACCAGAAAGUAUUUAUUAUUGGCCUGAGCGCGUUUGAUCGAGUUGGCUUAGAUGUUAUAGAACAAUAUUUUGUAUUAAAAUGUAUGCGUACGUUGAAAUUGGAACGUACAUAUAUUUAAAUGUAUUAGUACGUGCACUUUGGUUUUGGAAUAUAUACAAAACUACAGUUAUUGUUUAUAUAUUUGUUAUACAGGU